AAUUGCAAAACCCUCAUCCACCACCGGUUCACAGGGCGGCGUUCACAGUCGAUACACCAGACCGGGACUCCAUAUCCCCACACACACAGUAGGCGGAGAGAGAGAGAGAGAGAGAGAGAGAGAGAGAGAGAGAGAGAGAGAGAGACGUAAGAGAGAGAAAAUGGUGGUUCGUUUGAGGCUGUCGAGAUUGGGAUGCCGGAACAAGCCGUUCUACAGAGUGAUGGCGGCGGAUAGCAGAUCCCCUAGAGACGGCAAGCAUUUGGAAGUCCUCGGCUACUACAAUCCCCUCCCCGGUCAAGAUGGAGGUAAAAGAAUGGGCAUCAAUUUCGACAGAGUGAAGUAUUGGCUUUCAGUGGGUGCACAGCCGUCGGAUCCAGUUCAGCGGCUUCUGUUCCGAGCAGGGAUGUUACCCCCACCACCGAUGCUUGCAAUGGGGCGAAAGGGGGGCCCACGAGACAUGACACCUGUCCAUCCCAUGACCGGACGCAUUUUUGCACAGGUCAAACAAGAAACCGUUGUUGGGUCGGAAGAGGACCCUAAAGUUGACGAGGAGGACGACGAGACUUCAGCUUCUUAAACGAGCAACUGAUUGGUUCCGAAUGCAAAACGCGCAACUGCUGUUUAGUUACAAAGCUAAUUAAUAAAGAGCUGUAUUAGUGCGCACAAUUAGUUCGUCCUCUCUUUUGUUGAAUUAGAUCAUAUCUAACAUUUCGUUUUGGUGAACUUGGAUCAAGUUAUAGACAUUAUACUCGUUCGCGUUCGGAUUUCAGAAAUGAGUUUCAUUUUAGA